GACAAAAACAUGAAUGCUGUUCUACUUUAAAUGCAAAUACGUACUGUAUGUUUGGGUCAUGUCAAAUCGGCUUUUACUACUACAUUUAAAGGUCAGAAUUGACUGGAUUCACGUUGAAAGGUCGGAUUGAGAAUAAUUAUCUUGAGGAUCAUCUGUACGUUCCCAAGGAAUAUGUUUCUUUAGUGCGAGAGAGGGACAAUGUGGCGAAUUCUGCUGUCAGGGUGUUAUUUGUGGUGUCUGCUGAGACCGGGUUCAACAUUGAUGGUCCCGAAUCAACAACGCGCAGACUUAAACGCGGCCAUUCGCCAACCCCUUUUGCAACAAGCAACCAUGGUUCAGGGAAUCGUCUCUGACAUCACCAACUGUCAAAACAAGAUCAGCCAAAAGUACCAUCAGUGCGCCCUGUGUCUGAAAGGCAUAUAUACAGAACGAUAUCCGACAGAAGUUCUGUCAACCGAAGAUGCGCUCAUGUUCCUCUGUUUUUAUACCGGCGUAAAAUACGAAACAUGUCAGAUAAUUCUAAAUCCUGAACGAAUAAUUUUGGAAUUACGCAAUCGAGCAUCAAAGAAUGUACAGCAUGAACCGUUUUCCGAGCUCAAACCCCCCAAGGAUGCUGAACUAAUGUUACACGCUUUCCAAAAUAUCCAGAGUGAGCGACGGGCUUUUGAGGCGGCUGCUAAUAUACGGAAAACUGUCACCGAAGCGGAAAUGUCCCUCCAGACGCCAAAGGAAAAAGCCAGGGCAAAACGAUGGAUCCCGUUCUUAAAGAUGAUGAAGGCCCCAAGACAUAGCAACCACACAUUUACUAGAGUGGCUGCUUCCUAUAUGGAGAAAUAUCUGAACAGAAAAAGAAUUGAUCUGAAGCCAAUCGUGAAACGAACAAGGAAAACUGCAGCUCAUAGAGGAAAGCGAGGGGUAAAUCGGGAUGGAUUUCUUAGGAUGAUUCCAAAUUGUAAAACAGUCAGAUAUGCCAUAAUGAAUUUUAUGAGAAAUAUGUCGUUGGACAAAAACCAAAGGGCAACAAAACGGAUCCCGUUCGUAAAGAUGACGAAGGCCCCAAGGGAUUACAACAGCUCGUUUACUCAAAAGCAUACUUCCUAUAUGGAUAGAUAUCUGAACAGAAAAAUAAUUGGUAUGAAGCCAAUCUUGAAACGGACAAGGACUUCUGCACACUUUAGAGGAAAACGAUGGAUUAAUCUGAUCAGUGGUGCUCCAAGUGGUAAAAACAUCGGUAACGCCAUUACGAAUAUGAUGGGAAAUAUACAGAAGCAUGCCUCAUUCAGCAAUUCGGGAAUCCAAUGUAACGACGGGAAAUGUAAACAGAUUAUAUCUGAUUGUGCUGCCUUGUCGUUUCCAGAUCCUACCAAAAACAUGAUAUUAAACGUUUGUGGACAAAGGACUCAACGCAGCAUAGACGAUAUCAGCAAACGUUUGAAGAGUAUGAAGGAGAUACUACAUGCUUUAACAACUCACUUAGAUUUCAUAUAAAUUAUCAACUGAAAUACCUGAGAAGUAACAGUAAUAUAUACAGACAGGUCAGACUGAUUGCACACAUACAGAAAUUUAACAUCAUUUUUCUUCCUUCAAUGAACAAUUUUAAAAUACUGGUGGCUGCAGACGACUUGGUCAUAGACAUCAUGAAAGGCCUUAUAGCGGUCAAAGACUCAUCUGUGUAGUUAUGUUCAAUAGGAUGUAAAUGUAUUAUGCCUUCAAUUAUACUGCAAUACCUUAAAUAUAUGUAUCAUACAGAAAUAAAAAUAAAGCUUAGUCUUUUAACCAA